GGACCGCCCGGCCCGUGAGGGGCUGCGGCACCCGGGCCCUGCGCGCCGCGCCCUCAGUCGCCCUCCCCUGAUUGUGCCUUGAGCCGCCGUCGGUCCCUCCUAUGUCUUGUGGCGCCUAGCGCUGGAAAUUGUAAAUCCAGGACCUUGGCACGGAUGCGCGGUGGAAGGAGGUUUCCACAGCGAGUUGUGCCUGAGCCUUGCAGAGACGAGAGGAGACUCCGGGGAGAGCUUAUCGCUCUCUACAACUACCUGAAAGGGGGUUGUAGCUGGGUGGGGGUUGGCCUCUUCUCCCAAGCAACUAGUGAGAGAACGAGAGGAUAUAGUCUUAAGCUGCAGGUUUAGGUUGGACAUUAGAAAGACUUUCUUCAGAGAAAGAGGGAUUAGACAUUGGAAUGGACUGCCCAGGGAGGUGGUGAUUACAUGUGCACGCAUGAUGGUGUUUGGUCAUAGGUUGGACUCAAUGAUCUCGGAGGUCGUUUCCAACCUAACCGAUUCUGUGACUCUGUGAUUCUACAGACAGCAGCAAAUUCUGGGCCUGGUUCUAGAUCAGGUUCAGUUUGGUCCACCAUGCAGUUCAACGUUGUGAUGCUGAAAGUAAUCACAGGUGACUUGGGCAUUGCCACAGUCUCUGGGAAAGACUGAGAGGUGCUGCUGGUCCAAGUGCUGUCCUGCUGCUGGAGGGAAAUGGUAAUGGCGCCCACAGACAGUUUGGCCUUUGGUGCUUCAGCCAUGGCACACAGAGAAGCAGGAAUAGCAAGGGGGUAGCAGGGCAAUGACAAGUUGUCCAAGCAGAUCAGGGAUCUGGGCAGACGAGGCAUGGAGGAGCAGGGAGCAGUGGUACAUGAGGGGAGAGAGCAAGAGCAAUACAGGUCAGAAUAGAGGGGUACCAGAGGGGUCUGAGAGCCAAGAGGUGGUUGGAUGAUCACUUGAGCCCCUCGGGGUGCACAUGCACCAACUGGAGUGUGUGGAGAAGUGUUCACAGCAUCUGUCCAUCCUGCCUGAAUCUUGUUAACAUUGUUGAGAACUUCACUUUCAUAAGGUCUAAAAUUCUCUGCAUUUUAAAGAGAGCAGAAGGACUGUCUGGAGUGUAUGGGCUCUUCUUUCCUGGAAUGUAAAGAAAACCUCAGCUCUGCAGCUGGAGUGCAGGGGGCUUCAUUCCUUAGUGAAAGCAGAGAAGGGAAAUGCAGAUGUCACAGCUGGGACAGGAGAUUUAUCUUGGCAAGCAAAGAGGAAAAAUACUUUCAAAAAGAAAAGAGAAAACUCAGAAGAAUCCACUCCCCAUCUUCACUGCCUGCCAGCACGAGCAGAACCUCCAACCUGCAAAGGCCCUUCGUCUCCUGGGCCUGGGCUGCUGCCCAGCUGGAUUAGCCCCUCGCUGCUUUCUCUUUGGAGUGAGACCAUUGUGAUGGGACCAGAAAGGCUGUGAGAACCAGGCUGAUCCUGAAGAGAGACUGUCUCCAAACAACUCAGCUGGAGAUGGGAAAGGAAAAGUCACAGUCAAAGGAUGGAAGCAUGAAAAGGAAAAGGAGGGACAGAGGCAGCCAGGAUGACUACAGAGAACUGGAUCCAGGGAGAGGAAAUCAUCCCCUCCUCAUCCAUGCAGAGUGCCCCUGGGCUACAGGAGUGACACCUUAAGGCAUUCCAUGCACGCCCAGGCAGGGGAGAAGGCUUAGUGCCUCAGUCUGUGCUUGAGGCCUCCAGAGGUCUAACACCAGCUCUGGGUGGGGAGAAACGUACAGCUUGCAUUUGGAUGUCUGAAUGCCUUACAUUAGCUCCCCAGAUAACUGUUGUACAACAGGAAAGGGUGUUCAAAUGAGAAGUGCACGCACGCACAUACAGUGUGCUAUUUAGACAACCCUAAGCAUGAGGUCAGGAUGAAAACAUGUGGUGGAAAUAUGUUUGGAAGACUCAGUGCCUAUGUUGAUCACCCGGAGUGGGAGGGAGCAGAAGCCAGCAGCUGACAGAUUCUCACUCUCUCCCCAUAGCUGAGAUGUCCUCAGCUUGAGCAGAUUCUCCUGUGGCACCAGAACAGCUUAAGGCUCUCUGUUGGGCCUAGAGAUGUGAUGGUCAUUGCCUCUCCAUACCUGUGCACACUGGCUAAUCCUCUUUGGGCAUUGCCUCCCCGUCGUCCUAGAACUGUGCGGGGGGGAUGGGCAGCUAGAAAUCAGGCUUGGAUCAGGAAAUCCAGCACAUCCUCGCCAUUGCAUUUCUGUCCCUUGGCUGCCCCCUCCCUGACCGCUCACUGGUAAUACAGCUUUGGAAACAUAUCCCGUGCUAUUUCUUGGCUUUGGAGCAUAGUUAGAAGGAGAAGGAAGGAGGGUGUGAAAGGGAGGGGGAGAUAACAGGAGAGAAUAAUGCAAAAUGAGACUAUGCUGUGAGCUUCGUAUCCCAUCUGGAAGCUGUUUUCCCCAGUACACUGCACACCCACUCCCUCUGGGCUAGGAUGGUAAGGGUCAAGUUUCCCAGUUGACUGGUCCUCUUUACUAAAGCCAGGCCCAUCUGAGCAAAAUCUACCCGAGACGAUCUCAAUAGAGUUGCAGAGUCCUUCAUUGUCACAAAUGUCUUGACCAGCCUUCUGAGGAGUGGGUGCUGGCUGGAAGGCACUCUCAAAGAGUUUAGGUCUUGAAGAGGCUGUGAGAGAAUGAGCCUGCUCUGCUCCUGUAUGUCUGUCUAUCCCACCUUCCUUCACAUCUGAGUUUUGGGGACUCUUUCUUGGACCUUCCCUGGUCUGCUGAGAUCAUUGUUGCCAUUGUGUCAGCAAAAGUCUCCCCAAAGCCUAGCACGGUUGUGUCAUUUUGUGGCAGCACAUGAAGGCCUUUAGCUGUGCUGGCCCCACUCCAGAUGGGAAGGGAGCACUGGUGGCCACCCAGCACCUUCUUUGGCAUGUGACCUUCCAGCCAGGAUAAAGCUACUAUCCAUUUGGUCAGGUGAUAAACCUGCUUCUGUAUAUCGCUCAGAAGCUCAUGCUCUGCCAUGAUCUGCACAGCUGUGAGACACCACACCCUGGGACAUGCAGUUUCCUGAAGCCUUCUUUCUCACACAUGCAAAGGAAGUGUAUGGCUGAAGCCUCUGAGUUUUGCCAGAUAAGGGCAGCUCCCAAAAUGAGGCUCGGUGGGACAGAGUUUGCCUGUUCUGGGUUAGCAGGCUCAAACUGAGCUAAUUAGCAGUGGCUUUGAUGGCAUCUAUCCAAAAUAAACUCUGGGCUGCUCUUCACUGUGCCCAUCACAGUUGAAUCUGGACAAGAGGACUCUUUUUCCUCUUACCAUGUGGUUGCAUGCACAGGUGUCUUAUAUUAAUAAGAAAUCUAAAAUUAACAAUACCUGUUGGAUUCAGGAGAGAAUGGAGCCAACCCAGAGACCCAGCAGUCUUCCUGGGAUGUGGUGACAGCUUCCUGCUGGUCCUGUAGUUUCUAUUGUGGAUAUAGCCAGCUACAAAGCCAUGUCAUUAUAUUUGUUUGCUUUACCCUUUCUGCUUAUGCUUUCCUCUGCUUCUUGCCACCUUCUUUGAGUAAAAUAGCAAUCUUCAGCUCUGUGUCAGCUAUAGGUGCUCUUGCUCCUUGAAGGUGUCGGAUCCUUGGUGCCCCCUUUGAUAAUAACCAUAGUUAUUCCAAAUCUCAUAGGCUAUCAUCCUUCUCUCCACCGUCUGUGUUUAGAGAUGUUGGAUUGGUAUAUGUAUGAGUGAUGAGAACUGAAAUGGGACUGCUUUGGUGAGAAAGCUUUGCCAGUAUUUAAUUGUGAUGGAGGAUAUGACCCAGGAGCCCAGAGAGGGGUAGGUGCCCCAACAUUUCUGGAUGCCCAGGGAAGCUGCAAGUUUCAUUCUUUGCUUAUCACCUAUGUUUGCCCUGUCCUGUGCAGUAGGUCUCUGUCUCCUGGGAGAGAAUGGUCUCUUGGGGACCUAACUCCCAUGUCUCUUGGAGAACAGUGUUGCCUUCAUCCUUGCUUCCAAGCAGUGAGGUCCUCCAACAAAUCUGGUUUUUUGUUUAGGAAUAUAGCCAGAGGCACAUCUCUGCCUCUUCCCUCCAGGUAGGUUUGUCCUACAAUGGAAAGAUUGUUGACUGACCGAGAAAGAUCGUUGUUCUAAGUGUGGGUGGGAUGCCACUAAAAGAUAAUCUGUGGAGCUACUGCAUAAAUGCAUUCUCUUGUCUCUCUUUACUCCCACCUUUGCCUUUGUUAAUGCACAGUCAUGAAAGAAAUUUGAAGCACAUGGCAGAGUUGCAGAUAGCUCUCCUCACAGCUGUCCAUCCAGCUCUGCUUCUCCUCCAGGGCUACACAGUGGUUCUAGUUUUGAUGGUCACAACAGUAUAUAGGAUUUGAAUGCCUCUUGUUUUAUCCUGGCUCUGCUAUGCUGUGGUGUGCCAGCACUCUGAAUCCCUUCACUUCUCUGUGGUUAUAUUCUCGCCCUUACCGUAAGGCUACCGUGUUCAUAUCCUGUAUUUGCUUGUGUUGUUUAGAGAACACAAGACAAAGAACAGCUGUUACAUGAACAGACGCUCUCUGAGGUUAAUACUCAGGACUCCGAAGUCUUUAUCCCUCUAUGCUGUAGGAUAGGACAAAACCUGUUUUUCUAGUGGUUUUUAGAUAACUGUCUAACCCAGUUUCAUCUGCUGACUCAGGUCCCUCUGAAGAAGUUAUGCUCUGCACGGAUGGAAGGUGUUUUCCGUCACUUGAUUUAAGUGCAGAAAUGCUUCUAGGCAACUUGGAAAUGGAUGGGUAGAUUUUACCAAGCUACCCCGCCAACUCGCGUCUGCUAUGGGAAGAAGUGGAGAAAACUUCAGCCCAGACAUCCAGGGAGGGCCUCAACGCUGGGAUUUAGCAUGAGCAUGCCUUUUCUGCCUUACUUUCACGUGCAGUGUCUGCCCUCCAGGGAAGCCUCGGAUGGUGGUGUGUUGGGCUGUCACUCCAGGCAGUCAGAGGACAAGUGGGAAGGAAGCAAAGGGAGAGAAACCUCGUGUCAGGCAGAAUGCUCAUGGGAGGGACUCCACCCCCACUUCCAGCAUGCUCUGUGAGCAUCUGAGGUUUUAAAUCGAGCAGCAUUUCUCAGAGAACCUGGAUCACUUCUCUGACAACAUGGAGGAUUUCUCCAAUGACCUGUUCAGCAGUUUCUUCGAUGACCCAGUACUGGCUGAGAAGAACCCACUGCUGGACAUGGACCUAGAUCCACCCACUCCAGGCAUCCAGGCAGAGCACAGCUAUUCCCUCAGUGGAGACUCUGCUCCCCAGAGCCCCCUUGUGCCUGUCAAGGCUGAAGAUAAUACUAAUGAGCUGGAGAAUGGAGUGUGGUCGCUGGGGCCCAAGCUCUGCUCCAUCAUGGUGAAACAGGAACAGAACCUGGCUCUAGACCUGCCUGAGUCCCAGCUAGCUGCCAGCUCCAUACCAGUGCUGAACCUCAACCCUCUGCAGAGACUGCCAGUCCCCGAGGAGAUUCCCAUAGAAAUUACUCCAGCACCUGUGAUCAAAGCUGAACCCAAAGAGGUGAACCAGUUUCUAAAUGUUCCUACAGUAGAUGACCUGGUGCAGAUGCCUCCAACUCCACCCAGCAGCCAUGGGAGUGACAGCGAUGGAUCUCAGAGCCCUCGGUCCCUGCCCCCCUCCAGCCCAGCCCGGCCUGCUGCUCGCUCUUCUACUGCCAUCUCCUCCUCACCUCUCCUCACAGCACCACACAAGUUACAAGGAACCUCUGGCCCUCUGCUCUUGACUGAAGAGGAGAAGCGCACCUUGAUUGCCGAGGGUUACCCCAUUCCUACCAAGCUGCCCCUCACCAAAGCAGAGGAGAAAGCACUGAAGAGAGUCAGGAGGAAAAUCAAAAACAAGAUCUCUGCUCAGGAGAGUCGCAGGAAGAAGAAAGAGUAUGUGGAGUGUCUAGAGAAAAAAGUCGAGACAUACACAACAGAAAACAAUGAACUCUGGAAAAAAGUGGAGACCUUAGAAAACGCAAACAGGACUCUCCUCCAGCAGUUACAGAAGCUGCAGGCUCUGGUAGCUGGGAAAGUCUCCAGACCUUAUAAAAUGGCUUCCACGCAGACCGGGACCUGUCUAAUGGUGCUGGCACUCUGCUUCGUUCUGAUCCUGGGAUCCCUGAUGCCCUGUCUCCCUGAGUUCUCCUCAGCAUCACAGACAGUGAAAGCAACACCAGCACCAGACAUUUACACAACUAGUAAGAUUCAGUCACGGAGCCUUCUUUUCUAUGAUGAGGGUGCUGGCUCCUUAGAAGAGAGCUAUAGCUCCUUCCUAACCAUGGACCAUCCUGAGGGGUGGGAGGCUGAAAAAAGGCAAUCUGAGGAGGGAAGGCCUCAUCUAGCCAGGACACAUGAGACAGCCAAAUAUCUGAGCAAAACCCAGCUGGAGGGUCCCGACCAGAACCGAACUGACACAACUCUCACCCACCUCAAAGAGCAAUUCCAUGAGAGGGAGACAAGCUCCAGUGAGACAACUGAAUUCUUGUAGCAGCUGCUGGACCUCAAGGCCUCAUUUGUCAGAUUGCAGGAUUCCCUCCUCACCAAGCAACUGAGGGGACUUGGCAGGAGAGGACACUGCAUUCAGACACUAGUAAACUGGCCUUGGGUUCAGCUCCUCCCCUUCCCCAUUCUUCCCAUUAGUAAUGAUCUCUCUAAGGGGAGUCACAGGACUGCCAGAACCAGCAAUAGAUCUCUGGAGAAGCCCUGGACACCCUCUUCUCCUGGCCUUACCUCCUGCUUAAGUGAGCACUACCCUAUGGAUGUGGGCUCACCUUGAAGUGGAGGGAGAUCAGGGGAAGCCCCCAAACUACUCAGCUCACUCCCCAAAGCCUCCAGACCCAGGAGGCUGUCCCAGCUCUGUACCCCUUGGCUACAUCAGAUGCACCUGAAGGAGAGAGAGAAGAGAGAGUGUUGGAUUUACUGUCCUGCCUGGGAGACUUAGGAGUGGGUGAUGCUGGUGCUGGAGAGAUGGCUCUGGAGAGUUUGAGCUCAUUCCUUGCCCUCCAUCAGUUAGUAUAUUUCUCCUUCCAUUGAGAGAAAACCUAGUUCUUCCUUGCUCUAGUUUUCUCUUGAUGGACAUGCCUAUGUAAUUUCAACGCCAAAUAUCUGCAAAAAUCUGCACACAAACGGAGUGGGGAAGACAGAUCCCAGACAGAUAAAUCACCAUAAAAAUUAGCCAGCAGCUUCUAGACAACCAGAGCUCUGAAAUAGAUAACAAUUUUCCCCCACAACCCACUUCUCCCCACCCUCAGCACCCCUGCUUUGGCAGGAGUGGUAUUUCUCCAUCUGUUCCCAGCUUGGGCCCUACAGUGCAGUGCUAACCAGGUCAGUGGUCUUCUCGCUUUCCAUUCUGGAGGCAUUUCCUUUGAGAGUGAGUGAAACACAUUCCUAUAAUCUGACCCCCGUCCCAGCUCUCCAUCCCCAAUUCGGCCUCAUGACAAAUGGGGUCUUUCUAGGAACCACCAAGGAAGGCUCUGAAACCCAUUGGAGGUCUGUCAGAUUAGCCAGCGUUCCCCUCACAUCCUCCGUGUGCACACAACACAUAGUGUUGUGAAAACCACUGAGGACAUACUGGCAUUUCUUGAGACAGGUACAUCUGUCAGGAAAGGGGUGGCAUGUUGGAAUUGGCCAGGGUAACAAAAGACAGUCUUAAACCUCUUCCUUCUAAGUACUGACACCAAAGGUAGCAAACGCUUGCCAUACCAUCCCUCAGGCCAGACUUGCCAAUUUUGGUGUUGAAGUGACCUCAUCUCAAGCCUGUGCCAUCCUUUUUAGCAUCCAGACACUCAUUUCUGAUCCUUCUCCCUCCCCAUCAAAAGCCCUGUAGAAAGGCUUAAGUGUCUCCUCGCUCCAUUCCCUCAGCUGCCAUUUGAUGAAAGGACAACGUGGGACAUGAGUGUUGGAGAUCUGCGAUGUGGCAGGUUGCCCCAUGUUUUAACACGGGAGUCCCUGCACACUGUCAGGUCUCACAGCAGGUUCCUCUUCCACUUGCUUCUCAUCAAGCACCCUGGACUCACUCUGCACUGCCCCAGCCUCUCCUCUUUGUCCAGUCUGGGAGUGGAGAAGGCCCCCUGGAGAGGAAGGAUGGGAUGGCUCUUGCUCAAUGAAUAGGAGAAGCGAGAGAAGGGCCCUCAUAUCCUUCUUUUCUACCUUUUGAAAAUUGGUUUUGCCCCCAAAGCCAUUUAGGAAAAAUUUGGACACAGCUAGCUGCAGCCAUACCUGCGUGGCCAGUGGGGUGAGGAAGAAGGUGGCUUUCAGCAUAGCUCUUCUCAAGAUCACCAGAUACCACUGCAUUUCCCAACCUCCACCUCCACCCCAGCACAAAGAACCACUGCCGGGUCCAAGCACGCCUUCCUCCACCCCAGCACUUCCACUGAGCAUGUCCCCAUGCCUCUCACUCCCACCGUUGUACAGAGACCAAGAGCAGAACUCGUUUGUACAUAAUGAACCUUAUUUUGUAUUAUUGCCGAUCCCUUAAGAUAUUGUAUUUUGGAGACUCUCAGAUCCUAUUUUCAGUAUUGUAUUUUAUUAAGAAUUAGUGCGGGCUUGGCAUCUAUCAACUUCUUGUAGCAGCUCACUUUCCACUUAUACUCCAGCAGCUGCCUGUUCUCUCCUCUUUGGUUGGUUUUUUUUUUGGUUGGUUGGUUGGUUUGUGGGGGUUUUUUAAUUUUUUUUUUGUUUGUUUUUAGUUUUUUCCAAGCCACCUUUUCUUCUCCUCCUAUCACUUGCUCUGCAUUUGCUUUGUGAAGCAAAAUAAAAAUAAAAUAAAAAGUUGCAGCAUCAAUCCUGGGUUGACAGGUCCUUUCAUUGAGGCAUGGUCACGCCAGCCCACAUGCACAGCUCCUCACUUCCUGCUCCCUGUUCCAUUCCCAGGCCACGUGCAGAAUUGCUUCAGUACUGGGACCCCAUGCUCAGUGUUGGGGCUAAGAAGCAAACUUGCAUGUUUUGUUUCCAGCAACACUGUCAUUUCUUCUGCAGUUCUGAACAAGUCAGAACUGUUCUGUCUCAGUUCCUUUUCCCCCUUCAAAAUACCACUAUCAUCCUCUUGAAAGGAGGAUCAUGGAAGAAAGUCUGUGAGGUGCAGGGACUGUGAAGGGGUCUGCACAACAAAGACAUAGCUCUGGUCCCAUCCUGUCUGAAAAAGUACUUAAAUCCUUCCAUUAACUGUAAAAGCGGAGUAGCUGCGCUCCGACUGGCAAUGACCUGGGUCCUGGCUGGUAGGCUGGCUGUACUUCUGACAGUCCAUUGGCAUCUGUGAAAACUGGUUUGUUUUGUCCUGAUUUUAUGUGAAACACAAGGCAACAGGAUCUAGAAAACAAAUCUUCAUCUUCUAGAAAGCUCCAAGUGGGUACAUUAGAAUUUGGCUAUUGAAACAACUCUUUCUUGCAGUCAGGCCCUCCAUAUCUGGAAAGCAGCCCAAGCAGUAGCCCCUUUCAGGGAUGCUACAAGGUGGCUCUGUCUCUCACCUCUGGCUGGGAUGGUACUGCAGGACUGACUCUGCCACAGCAGAAGAAUGUGAGGCUUGGGGCUUGCAAAGGUCUCUUUUUGUGGAUUACAAUUUCUUUGUGGAGAGAGUAAAGUUGAUGCCACGCUGUCAUGACAGGUCAUUGAAGAGUGGCGGGUUAGACUGACGUGGGUUUCGCAGACCCCUUUAGAGCUCCCUUCCCCUGCACACCCACUGAGGCAAGAAAAUGCCUGGCCUUGCCCUGCAGUUUGUGUCCUGGGCCAGAACUAGUUUUGAUGUUUUCCCUGUUACACCUUGUCCAAAAGCAGCCUCCUAUUCCUGCAUCAGUAUGAUGCACCUUCCCCCACUGUGGGGUGGGGCUGCUCUCUGCACUCACCAGAUUUCAUCCAAGGGAGUGGCUCCUGCUCUGCUCACCCCUGUGAAACUUCACGCAGCUCUUUAGGAAUUGCCUUCCAGGGAGAUUCUGGCAUGCACCCUUCAUGCACAAUGGAAAACAGGUGCAAGAGGGAAAUUCUUAAAAGGAUGAGUUCUCAGGCUUUGGUGCCUUAUCACUGACGUGGCCAGAGCAACCAGAACCCCCUUCCAUCAGGAGAAAAUUUCCCUCCAUCUUGACAAAUCCUCCUAAUUCUGCAGUCUACUAGAUAAUUCUGAGCUGCUCAAAGCAGGCACAUUAGGAUCUUUUGAUCCCUGGUAUGCCUCUUGAAAUGCAGCCAGCCAAUCACAUCUACCAGUUUGGCUACAGCAGAUAAUUAGAGCAGAACAAGAGAAUUAGCAAAGCAAGAGUCACCUUCUUUACAAGUCACCUUCAGCCUCACUCCGUUGUGCUUGGUCUGCUCCAAGUGCCUCCAGUCAAGCUUUGCCAUGCCAAGAUGGGCUUUUGCUCAUUUAGGGUCACAUUUCUAGGAAGCCUAUGCACUCUCGACACUUACAACCCCUGAGCAAAGGAGCACUAACGGAACAUGGACUUCGUUUUUCAGAGACAAAUUAUUCCUGACUGUUCUCUGUUACCAGGCCAAUUGAAAAAAAAGAAAAAAAAAAAAGAGAGAGAGAGAAAAUAAUUGGUUUUUGAGGCACGCCACUGCCAAGCAGGUCACUGGCAGUGCAUAGCAGCAGCCUUGUGGGUAUGUUUUGUUCGUUAAAGAAGGACAAGUCCUGUUAGGGAUCUCAGGAGAGUAUCCCCACUCUCCAAGCCCAGCACGAUCCCUCUUGCUGUUCCAAUUUGGGAGUGUGCUAGCACUCACAUGGAUCCAUCAUGUGAUCAGCAGGCUUUGGUCCUGCUGCCUGGCAAGGAGCCUGGGCUUUGGACACCUUCUGGGGAGAAUGGGGAGGUCACACCUCCUGAUACUCCACAGGUACUGAGGGCUUGUUAACAGCAAUGGCACCUGCAUGGACGCUGACCCAGCCUGCCUCAACAAAUCUGUGUUGAUUUUCUAAUCUGGUGGCUGGAAUGGGGCUUAGAGGUGAGCAGGGCGGAGGUUUCUCUUCUUCUGCCCAGGGGAGGAGACUGUACCUUCCCAGAGCUGUACUCACUAGAAAUGCUGCUUCCUAGAAGGCUCAUGCUCUGCCUGUGCCUGCAAAAACGAGGAUGGGGUCUGUAUUGUAAUACCAAUAUACCCUUGCACUGUUCCAUGUGCCAACACACAAGGAAACCCCUACCCAGGGCACAGGUGAGUGCUAUGUAAACAGGUGACCUGGCUCAGCUGAAGGGUGCCUUGGGUGCCAGGAGGACAGGACUGACCCAACACAACUGCCCAGCCACAUUGUCCCCAGGCAGCAUCUGCCUGCUUUUCCCAGGUCCUGAGGGAGCUCCAAAUGAAGGGUGACCCGAUUUGUGACAGACAUGUGAAAUGUCCUUCUGAGACAAGUGGGCAGAGAAAGAUGCAGAAGCCUGAGCAAUCCUUUACAUCCCCUCAUGCAGGCAUAUCCUGUGAUGUCUCCUCCAGACACACAAAAUCUGCCCUGCCCUGCCUGUGUGACAGCUGUACAGUUUGGCAUGUGGGUAGAAAGGGCCAGCUCCUCCCUGCAGAGGAGGUUUCUGUAGCACAGAAUCAGCCCCCCUGGGAAGGCAGGAGGUACCCACUGUCCAGGCCCUCUCUCAGCCUUGAUCAAAGGCGCUGUGACCCCAGAGCUUUGCUUUGCCUGGCUCUUGGGACAUUUCCUGCAAUAAGGGCCUCUGCUUCCCACCCUGAAGCUCCUUUCCUAUGGCACCAACACAUCCACCAGUGAGAAAUGCUCUCCACUCCUUCCCACCUGGAAGUCUGGAGCCUGCUCUCCUCCAGCUUUCAACUUGCAUCCAUCCCUUACUGGCCAUCCCCUUCCUCAGCUUGGUGGCCCUUAACCAUAAGGGAUAAGACAGACAUUUGCCAAAAUCUCUUGAGCACAUGAGUGGACCUGCAUCCCCAGUAGCUCCUCUGGGCAGCCCAGCUCUGUCCUACCCUGGCAGCUUGGCCAGCACA